AUGGAAUCAUCUGCAGAUCUUCGUUCAAUGAUUGAACAAACAUUAACAAUGAUUAUAACACCUGAUCAACAACUAAUUGAAAAAGGUCAAACACAAUUACAAGCUUUAGAAUUACUUGAUACAUAUACACUUGCAUUAACUGAAAUAUCUAUUGAUAAUACACGUGAUAUUAGUAUACGACAGUUAGCUGGUGUUUUACUUCGAAAAUAUGUUAAUAAACAUUGGACAAGAGAUAUCGAAAAUUUUGUUGAACCUGAAGUUACUGAACAGGUAAAAAGUCAGAUACGUCGUAUUCUUCCACAUGGUUUAAAUGAACCAAAUCAUCGACUUCGUGUUGGUCUUGCAUGCGUUAUAUCAGCUGUAGCUGAAUGGGAUUGUCCAGAAUCUUGGCCAGAAUUAUUACCAUUUUUAAUUGAAUCAUUAAAAACAACGAAUAAAUCUUUAAUUCAUGGUUCAAUUCGUGUAUUAACUGAAAUUGUUCGUGAUCUUGAUGAUCGUCAAUUACCAUUUGUUCUUCCAUUACUUUUACCUGAAAUGUAUCGUCUUAUGGUAUCCAAUGAAUUUAGUUUACGUAUACGUACACGUGCUAUUGGAAUUUUUACAUUACUUGUUUCACUUGUACAUGAUAUAAAUGAACGUGAUAGAAUCUUAUCUGUUGGUUAUAUUUUACCAUAUUUACCACCUUAUUGUGAAGCAUUUAAACGUUUUCUUAUUGCACCUGAUUCAUCUUUAAUGUCUGAUACUGGUUGUCGUAUAGAAACUAUACGUGCCUUAACAUUAUUAUUUAAAAGUUUUCCAAAAUUAAUGCAACAAGAUGCUGCUAAUCUAUUACAAUCUGUAUGGACAUGUUUAACAUCAAAUACAGAAAAUUAUGUUGCAACAGUUGUAUAUAAACAUGGAGAAAUGGAUGCAUCUGUUGAUUCUGAUGGUGAAACUUUAAGUUUCGAAUGUUUAAUCUAUAGUUUAUUUGAAUUUGUUCAAGUAUUAAUGGAUUUAUCAACAUAUAAAAAUUCUGUUAAAACAUCUAUGGAAGAAUUAUGUUAUUAUUUAAUUUUAUAUAGUAGUCGUAGUAUUGAUUGUUUAGAUGGUAGUGAUGAAGCCGAAUCUCGUUCGUUGAAUAAAGUGAUGCAUCCAGAUUGUUCGCAUAUAUCAACCUUUCGAUGUCAAGAACGUAUUGGUCGAUAUCCUUGGUCUUUUCCAUGUGGUGAUGGUGAAUAUCUGACAGAUACUUAUCUGCCAGCUGAUGAGAAAAGGUGUUCUAAUGGUAGGGACAUCGAAUUAACUCGAAUCAUGCUUAACUCAAUGGAUCAUAUUACAAAUAUCAAUUGUCAAAAAGCAUUCUAUUGUGCACUUCAUCUCAAUCGGACGUUCGGUUUAGAUCAAUUUAACGGACUGGUUAUUCUGAAGCCACCUCCAUCUAUUGCAGAUGUAUGGAAUAAUGAUUGUGAACCUUUGGCUCAACAUUGUUCCUCGGAAUGGUUAAUAAUACCGGCAUAUCCUAUUUUGUUUGGUUUUUUUCAAUUUCUUUAUUUUACUAAUCGUUCGGUUGAUCAAUUCAAAGAAAAUAUUAUACCUGAUUUGGUAUGUUUUAAUGAACAAAGUUGUCCUAUGUUAUUAACGAAAAUAGAUUCUAUACAAAUAAUUAAUGGACUAACAUGUUGUCAUCCUUCAAAUCUAACAGAAUUUACUGAAGCGAAAGAUUUUAAUGAUUUAGUGGCAUCUUUUGGCUUUUAUUAUCAUCAAUGCUUGAAAAUGAGUAAUGAAAACUCAUGUAUAAAUUCAUCCUAUUUUUAUUGCAAUGAAUCCAAGAAAUGUAUUCCCAAUUAUCGAGUCGGGGAUGGUGCAUCAGAUUGUAUUUGGAGAGAAGACGAAUCAUUUAACACCUGUCAAUGGAACGAUUCAAAUCGAUUUAAAUGUGAAUCAGAUUCGAACAAAUGUUUAUCAUCAGUUGCACUUGGUAAUGGACUUGCUGAUUGUCCUUCGACCGAGGAUGAACUAUUUUCAUACACGCAAAAUUUAAUAAUCCUAACACCAUUUCCAGAGUUAUGCAAUCAUUACAAUAACAGAAAAAUAUAUCCGCUUGAGCUCACAGAAACCGAUGAAACUAAUUGUGAUUGGUGGCCAUGUAAUAAUCCAUACACAAAUUGUGAUAAAUAUUGGAAUUGUCCAAAUGGUGCAGAUGAACUCAAUUGUCCUAAUACAAAAUGUUCUUUUAAUGAACUUGUAUGUUAUAAAGAACAUUUCGAAUCAUCUUAUUGUAUACCAUUAGUUCAUAUGUACGAGAAAUAUCUUGAUCCUUGUGAUGACACAGAUUUAUUACGUGAAUUCUACUUUUACAAUGAAACCACGAAUAUUAACGAUGAUUACUUCUCAUGGAAUGAUAGUAAAUGUAUCACUUUAGAUAAACUUUGUCGCAUAAAUCAUGAUUUACAAACAGAAUCUACUGAAGAAGAAGAACUAUGCCUUUAUCAGUAUGGAGGUUUGAUGUGGAUAAAACCUGUCGUAAUUUUUCAAAACAAAGAAUAUCUAUGUGAAUUUGAAUUACGAACUGGUAAUGAUGAUUUUGAACGCUUUUUCAAAUCUACAGGAUUGGGUAAUUAUCCAGAAAUAUCGACGAAUCGUUCCGUUUCAUUUAUGUCUAAAAUACAUAAAAAAGAAAAGAUUAUGUUUCAUAUCGAUUCUGAAUUAACUGCAUUCUGUCAUCGAGGUAUUGCUGUGCUAAAUGGUAUGGAUGAGACGAAAAAAUGUUUCUGUCCACCAAAUUAUUUUGGUUCUCGUUGUCAAUGGCAGAAUCAACGUAUUAGUUUAUCACUUCAAUUAAUAUACCAUAGUAUGACAUCUAUUAAUGCUAUAUUUCAAGUUAUAAUCAUACUUGUUGAUGAAGAUAAUGGCAGUACAUCUAAUCAUGAACAAAUUACAUAUAUACCUACUCGUGAUUGUGAUACAAAGUUUAAUAUUUAUUUACUUUAUCCCGAUCGACCGAAAAACUUGUUAAAUAAUUAUUCAAUUCGUAUUGAUCUUUAUGAAAAAACCAAAUUAGAUUAUUGGGCUAGUUGGUAUCUAUCGAUACCUUUUCGAUUUCUACCUGUCAAUCGAAUAGCCGCUAAACUGUCAAUUCCUGAAAUACCAGAAAUACAACCAUGUUCUCUACCUUGUGGAGAACAUGGCAAAUGUAAAAGGUACAUUAAUGAAAAAUUCUUAUUCUUCUGUUAUUGUGAUCAAGGAUAUUCCGGUACUCGUUGUAAUAUUACACAUAAAUGUGAUUGUGCGAAUGGUUCGCUUUGUGUAGAUUCAUCGAGCUGUAUCUGUCCAUUAUAUAAAUUUGGUACUUAUUGUUAUCUGAAACAUUCAGUUUGUCAAACAUCAAAUAAUCUAUGUCAAAACAAUGGAAUUUGUAUACCUACUGAUGAUCGUAUUAGUUCAACAGGCUUUACUUGUUUUUGUCCAGAGAGUUAUUCAGGCGAACGAUGCCAAAAUAAAAACAAUCGAAUUGAUAUACAUUUAGAUGACAAAAUAAUAUCUACAACUUCAUUACUACUACAUUUUAUAACGGGAUUCAACGAUGCUGAACAUGAACGUAUAAGCAUUUUGAAAAAAAUUUCAUUUUAUCAGAAAAUUCUUACAAUUUACGUAUCACAACCAUUUAAUAUUUUACUCGUUGAAAUUCCUAAUCAAUAUUAUUAUUUAGUAGUACUUCGACAAGUAUACAUACCUUCUGAAAAUAUCUCUGUAGAAAUACAAUCAAAACAACGUUGUUCUUCUAUUGACGAACUUGAUAACAAUACUUUUGCACAAUAUGGAUAUUUUAAUCGAACAAAAUAUUAUCCACUUUUAUGUCGACAAGAUUUAAAAUUAAUGUGCUUCUAUGAUGAAGAUCUUAUGUGUAUAUGUGAUACAAAUCGAUUUUCUAAUUGUUUUCUAUUUGAUAAAAAUAUGAAUAAUGAUUAUCAAGGAUAUAAUUAUUGUGAAAAUGGUGGUCAAGGUUUUCAAAAUAAUAACACAUGUCCAACAAAACUUACGUGUAUAUGUCCAGAUUGUUUUUACGGCGCUCGAUGCCAAUUUUCUACUGAAGGUAUCAUUUUUUCACUUGAUGCUAUACUUGGUUAUCAUAUUCAACCGCAUGUUUCACUCAAUCAACAACCAUUAAUCAUCAAAUUAAAUAUUGUUAUUAGUACAACUUUGUUUCUUCUAGGAUUAUUUAAUGGAGUUUUAUCAUUUUUAUUAUUUCGUAAAAAGAAACUAAGACAAGUUGGUACUGGUUAUUAUCUUUUAUUUUCAUCGCUUACUUCAAUAUUUAAUAUAAUUCUUCUAAUAAUUAAAUUUUGGUUAUUAACUUUAUCACAGAUGUCUUUAAUAACUAAUCGAUCUUUUCUUUAUUUUAAUUGUAUUACAAUUGAUGUUAGUUUUAAAAUUCUUUUAGCAUCAAAUGAAUGGUUAAAUGCAUGUGUUGCUAUUGAAAGAAUGGUUAGUGCUACUAAAGGUACUUCUUUUAAUAAGAAGAAAAGUAGAAAAAUAUCAAAAUGGGUAAUUAUUAGUGUAUUUAUAUUAACAAUUUUGACACAUAUUCAUGAUCCUCUUCAUCGUAAGUUAGUCGAUGAUAUGGAUACUGAUGAACAACGAAUCUGGUGUUUUGUUAAAUAUUCAGAUUCUGUGAAUAUUUAUAAUUCAUUUAUUGCACUUUUUCAUUUUCUUAUUACUUUUUUAAUUAAUAUUAUUUGUGGUUUAUGGAUUAUUAAAUCAUUAGCUUAUAAUCGUAGAAAUGUUCAUCGUGAUCAAACACUUCGACAACAUUUAAAUUAUCAAAUACAACAACAUCGACAUCUUUUGAUUGCUCCAUGUUUAUUAGUACUGGUAAAUAUACCUCGUCUAAUUAUUUCAGUUUCAAGUGGAUGUAUGAAAUCAGCUCGAGAGCCAUGGUUAUAUUUGACUGGUUAUUAUCUUUCAUUUAUCCCAUCGAUGUUAACAUUUAUUAUCUUCGUAUUACCAUCAAAAACGUACAAAACUGAAUUUAAUGCAACCAUUGAAGAAACAAAGAGGCGAUGCGGUAUACGUUCGUAA